CUGAGCGGGCCGCGGCGGCGGCGCGGCCGCGGGGCGGCGAUGGCCGCGGGGCGGGCGCCCGCCCGGGCGCCCGUGGCCCUGCUGCUGGCGGCGUGCCUCGUGCCCCGGGCCGCCCCGAAGGGCUGCUUCACGGGGAGCGCCGAGGUCACCAUGGCCGACGGGAGCCUGAGGCCGCUGCAAGAGGUCCGGGCGGGGGACGAGGUGCUGUCGUGGGACGAGAGCCUGGGCCGGCUGGCACCGUCGGUGGUGCAGGGGACGCCGUCGUUCCUGCGCGCCGCGUCCGAGGUGGUGGAGCUGGAGCUGGGCGCGUCGGCCGCCCGGGGGGCGCGCUCGCCCGGGCGUCUGCUGCACGCCACCGUGGACCACCCGUUCUGGAGCAGGAGCAAGGGCGCUCUGGUGUCGCUGCAGCCCGAGGCCACCGACCGCGAGUACGGCCUCCGGGCAGCCGCGCUGGUGCCGGGCGAGGAGCUGGAGAGCCCAGAGGCUGCCGCGGGCGGUGCGAACGGCCCGCGCGUGCUGGGCCUGGCGCAGGCCUCGGCGGCGCUGCUUCGAGGCGGACGCCUCCACGGCGCGGCCAACAGGAGCCACGUGGAGGUGAGGACGCUCUGCCUGCACCCCCUGCACUGGUUCUUUGUGCAGGGCGUGCGCGUGCACAACAAGGGGUGCUUUGCGCCCUGGGUCGGGGUGCUCAUGGGCGAUGGCACGGAGAGGGCCAUCUCCUCGGUCCAGGCUGGCGACACUGUGAUGUCAUGGGACAGUUCUUCGGGCUCGCUGCAGCAGGCCCGAGUCCGGAGCCGAGAGUCCUACCCCGCCCGCGACCUGUUCCAGGUGCUGCUCGUUGCAGCCGAGGGCCAGGCCCUCGCGGCGCGCCGGCUGCACGGCGCCGGCGCCGGCGCGGGGCCGCCCCGGCGCGCGGCGCCGCUGGUGCUCACGGGGGACCACCCGGUCUACAGCGCGAGGCAGCAGGGACUUGUGUCGCUGAGGCCGGAGCACACCUUUGAGCGCUACGGUGUGACGGUCGCGCAGAUGCAGACCGAUGGCGAGGUCCUGGUGUGCCAGGACGGGCGCCACGUCAAUGCGUCUGUGAUGGCGUGGGCAGACCCUCUCGAGACUGUCAUGACGCUGACGCUGGACGAGCAUCACUGGUUUUACGCCGAGGGCGUCUUGGUGCACAACAAGGGCGGCUUCGGGGGCCACAGCUCCACAGGCUUCGGGGGACACGGUAUCGGCCACACCGCGUACAGGAGCAACCCCUUAGCGGCGGCCACCUACGUCCCGAGGUCCCACUUCAGCUCGUUGGGCACCUUUGCAAUGUUUGCCAUGACGGAGCACGUUCGUCGCAGACGGAACCUCUGGGGAACUGGUGCGCGAGACGGCUGCAUCUACGGGGCGACGAUCGCCGCCGACGGAUACGACAACGAGAGCGUGAUAGCCAACGUCAACGCCACCUGCCGACGCCACAUGCCCUCCGUCGAGGCCUGCUUCGCGUGCGACUCGUGCCAGACCGCACGGUGCCUCAAAAACCUGACGGGCUGCGCCGCCUUCCUCGAGGAGCUGUACGCCGGAGGGUGCCGGCAGAUCGACGACCAGCAGAGCAUGCUGGCGGCCUUCCUUCUAUUGCUGCUCUCGUUCUGGGGGCUGACCUGGUGCUGCCACCGCAGCGGUUCAAUCAACAGCUCUCCCAGGAGCAUGGCUAGGUACAGACAGCGUAGACUGCAGCUGAGCCCUAUGAACGAGGUGAAGCUCGACAGGGUGUUCUUCGAGGGCGAGUACACGGAGAGAGGGACAACGCAGAAUACGACGUAUUCGCUUCUCUUCUUGCCCGAUGGCAUUGUCCGGGGGAUCGCCAAGGAUGACGACGGCACCGCUCAGGUGGACGGCAAACUGCGGUGGAGGAAGGCGCAGGCUGCGGGGGUGAUCGUCUGGACCGAGACGGGGCAGCAGACGGUGGAGGUUCCCCGGCAGCGCCGCCGCGCCCCUGCGGCGGGGCGCCGCGCCCGCCGCGGGCGCCGCGCGGCUUGCGCUGUGGCCGCGCCCGGCGCCCCGCGGCUCGGAGUGACUUGCUGCUCCCGCAGCGGUCUGCCCGCGCAGCCGACGGCCACCGCCGGCGCAAUACCAAGAAUCCCCCCCCCUAUCGUUGCCCCUCACACUAGCACUCCAGCAGGGAAGCGAGCGACGCAGACAGAACUGGCGCUCCUCGCGCAAGGGAGUGGGGGUCUGGCGCCGAUCCGAGACAUUUGCGCGGACCUCUGAACUUUUUAUGUUUAUGCAUGUUUAUGUGAUUGUUUGAUUCCCUUUUUAUGGCUCCAGUUCGCCGGGACUCGGGCUCGCCGCCGCUCUUCGACGGGCCCUUCCCGGGUUCUUCGGCGGUCCGGUGUUCGCGGGGCUGCUGCAGCGGGGGCCCGCGGUGGGGCCUCGUGUCCAUUUCCUGGCGGCCCCGUCAGGCCAACCCGAGUCCCUGCUUCGACGUCGCACUCGCUGCUCGCGGCGUGGGGCCCCCUGGGCGCCCUGGCCCCUUCCCCCCCCCGGGCCGGCCUUCCCUCCUCUUAUCGUUUCCGGGGGCCCCGCGGCCAGGGAGCGGCCCUCCAGGGGGGCCGAGAGAGCACCGCAGAGUGGGCCGCCGAGCUCUCCUCCCGCGGCGCCCAGGUGUGGCCGCCGCGGCGCACACGAGGGGCGCGAGCGCGCGUGCGCUGUUUUUUGCUUCUCUGUCUGUGAGGUUACCAACACAUAUGGAAGCCGCACCCUCCCCCCAACCCGAAAUUCGGGUCUUCGGGCUGGGUCACGAGCCGCCGCAGCACCGGCCAAUGGGGGCAGGCCCGGCUCCCCGCCUGUACAGCGGCGCCCUGCCCAAUCCCGCCGCAGCGGGCGUGGCUCCGGCCGCCCAAGCAGGGGCGGCCGUGACUGUAGCUUGCCGCGGGGGAAAAGCGGCCCACGUCGGACGGGGCUAGGUCGAGGAGAAGUCGGCU